UCUCGGAGUGCUGACGCGUACCGCGGCUACGUGCUGCUCCGGAGCCCCGCGGAUUUACUUGCCAACUUUACCAGCCUCCACCAUGAUACUUCACUUUCUAGCUUUAGGGGCCUUUGUUUUCCAGGCUGAAUGUUACUUUUCGGAGGAGAAGUAUCCGGAGGAGUCGAAAAUGCAGCCUCCUACCGUGGUUAUCGCUAUCAUAGCGAGAAAUACUGCUCACUCCCUGCCGUACUACCUCGGAGCUCUGGAGAGACUCAACUACCCCAAAGAUCGCAUCUCUGUGUGGGCAGCCACGGAUCAUAACCUAGAUAACACCACAGCCAUACUGAAGGAGUGGCUGACUGUCAUGCAAAAAUUUUACCAUUAUGUUGAGUGGAGACCAAUGGACAAGCCCACGUCCUAUGCUGGAGAGUUGGGUCCUAAGCAUUGGCCCAACAGCAGAUAUGAAUAUGUGAUGAAGCUGAAACAAGCAGCGCUCAACUUUGCCAGGAAACACUGGGCUGAUUACAUCUUGUACUCCGACACAGACAAUAUCCUCACAAACCCAGACACCCUCAACCUGCUGAUAGCAGAAAACAAGUCAGUCAUUGCUCCUAUGUUAGAUUCUCCGGGAGCGUACUCCAACUACUGGUGCGGUAUCACUCCGCAGGGAUAUUAUCGUCGCACAGCAGAGUACUUCCCCACCCGUCACCGUCACAGACUGGGCUGCUUCCCAGUGCCCAUGGUCCACAGCACCCUGCUGCUGGAUUUGAGGAAACAGGGCAUGAAGAAACUUGCUUUCUACCCUCCUCAUGAUGACUACUCGUGGCCCUAUGACGAUAUCAUUGUUUUCGCCUUCUCCUGUCGGGCUGCAGAGAUACAGAUGUACCUGUGUAACAAGGAGCGCUACGGCUACCUGAACGUCCCGGCCAAACCGCACCACACCUUAGAAGACGAUCGCCUCAACUUUGUCCAUGUUCACCUUGAGUCUAUGAUUGAUGGUCCACCCAUGCAUCCUUCUCGCUUCAUCCACAUGUUUCCUAAACAGAGAGACCUCAUGGGAUUUGAUGAGAUCUUUCUGAUUAAUCUGCGACGCCGUUCUGACCGUAGAGACAGGAUGUUGUUUUCUCUAAACGAGCUGGAGAUUGACGUCAAAGUGGUCGACGCCGUGGACGGAAAUGCACUGAACAGCAGUGACAUUAAGAUUUUAGGUGUCGACCUGCUGCCAGGAUACUAUGACCCAUUCUCUGGGCGCACCCUGACCAAAGGAGAAGUGGGCUGCUUCCUCAGUCACUACUACAUCUGGAAGGAGAUGGUGGACAUGCAGAUGGAUAAGGCCCUGGUCUUUGAAGAUGAUGUUCGCUUUCAGGCCAACUUCAAGCGCCGAGUACUCAAAAUGAUGCAGGAUGUGGAGCAGGUGGAGCUGGACUGGGACAUCAUAUACUUGGGCAGGAAGCAGGUGAAUCCUGGAAAUGAGCAGGCAGUGGAGGAUGUUCGUAACUUGGUGGUGGCCGACUACUCGUAUUGGACUCUGUCCUACGCCAUCUCCCUACAGGGAGCCCAAAAACUCCUCAAUGCUGAGCCACUUUCCAAGAUGCUGCCUGUCGAUGAAUUCCUCCCCAUCAUGUAUGACAAACAUCCCAACGAGGACUACAAAUCCCACUUCCUCAACAGAAACUUACAAGCCUUCAGUGCGCACCCCCUCCUGGUCCAGCCUUGUCACUACGCCGGUGAUCCCCAGUGGGUGAGCGACACAGAGACGUCGACCCUGUGGGAUGAUGACUCUGUAAGGACCGAUUGGAGGGGCUCCCACAAGACCCUGAAAGGGGCUGCCCCGGCACACGAGAUGCUGUCAGUUGCCUACAGGGAUGAACUUUAGUGCAGCGGAAAUGUAGCUGUGGAGAAGCUGCAGGUCAACAGGCCAUGAGGUCACAGAGACGGAUGCUGGGGAGAGUGGCUUUCACUCCACUCUGUCCUCAAACUGACAUGCUCAGAGUUGUUUUUUUUUUUUUUAAUGCAUCUUAGAUUGGAGGUAACAACAUAAGGGAGAGUGUUUGUUUUGGCUUUGUGUAAAGACAUGCACAGAUGUCUUUGUAUAUAAAAUGCGUGAACUUGCACAGAUUUUUCUCAAACAGCCCUAUGUGUAGAGUGUUUUCCUUUUGUCUUGUGGUUUACUUUGCUCAGACAUUUAGUUUAGUUUCUUUAUUUAGGGUGUAAAUUCACUAUCUAUGGUUUAUGUCAAGAUAUCUGUUUUAAAUGUACUCCUGUGAUAGUGCCUAAUCUGUUGAUCACAGACUGAUGGAGGCUUCAGUAACUGCACUGUUAACAACUCCUUGCAAGUCUGGAAAAAUAGUGGUUCUUCUUUCCUUUUCAUUUUUAUUUUUCAUGUUGGCAUAUCUGUCUGUGCAUUUCUGUGUUUGUGCGUUUCAUCCACUGGGACUGGAGAGAGACAGGUAACACAAAUCUCAAAUGACCAUCGUUGAGAUUUCUUUCCAUAAACAGCUCCAAGGCUUGUGGAUCUCUGUACACUAUGGAAGUUUAGAUUCAUAAAGUAUUUUGUUAGUGACAUUGAGUGUUUACAUUUGAAAAAUUCAAGCUUCUUCUCAAUUGUUUUUUUUUUUUUAAUGUGAUGGAUUAAGUUGGACUACCUUCUGCUCUACAGCUGUUUUAAGCAUCAUCUGAGUUAGCAUGAUGCCAGGUGGUUAUUAAAUUUAUCCCUACACAAGUCUUCUCAAAGUUCGCCCGCAAGAGUUCAAUUUCAGGCUGUCUCAAAUGGAAGCACAUAUUCCUGGUUUUAUAAUAUUACAUCAUGAUUCAAGGACCCUGUGAGAGCAUUUUGUGUUGUAUUAUACUAUUACAAGCACAAGAGAUUCUCCUAUAAAAUAUGGACCCAAAUUUCAAAUACUUGUACAAAAUCUAUGCAGCAUGUUGAGGCAUGAAAAGUGUAGCCUCGGUUCAUCUUAUGUCCAGUUGUUUGAGUGUUUGGAGAGCAGCUAGGAGCUUUCUUAUCCCACAUGUUAUGUUUUAAACAUAAAUGUUUUGUGUUGCUUAAGUCUUUAAAGUUCUUAUGAAAAUACAGCUUUAACAGUCUUUGGUAGCGUCACUGUCACGCCAGGAUUGGGCUGACACUUGUCUAGACAGGGUUGCAGUGCAGGUAACUGAUGUUGCACGUCUGUGGAUUUGAUCGGGUCAGACUAAACUUGCACUUCCUCUUUGUGAGCAUUUACGACAAUCUGUUUCAUAUAUUGUUUUUGAUAUUGUGGGUUUCCUUUCCUGCAAAUAACUUAUUUGAUAAGUUUUUCUUUUAGGUCGAUAGAUGAGUCGCACAACAUGAUGUACAACACGCGGGUACAAUGGCUUUUUUGCCUCGUGGUGUCUUUGAGCAAUUAAUCUGUAUUCAUUUUAAUAAUCAUUAAUUACUAUUGUUUUCUCAACUGGAUAGAAAGCAUAGAAAGAAUCUUAUUACAUUGUUAUAUAUGUGUUUAUGGA